CUGCCGCUCCUGCUCUUGUGUGCCGCCGCCGCAGCCGCCGCCCCGGGCGGCACCGUGAACCGCUUCGGCCAGUGGCGCGUCGCCACCACGGCUCCCCCCGCCGCUCCGGCCGACCCGGCCACCUUCCGCAACGGCGGGCGGCGCCAGUGCCCGCCACCGGCCGGCGGCGACAACGCCAACGUCGGCUACGACAAGUUCGACCCGAACCGCUGCGUGGACGCGGACGUGGGCGUGCUGGCCGGCUGGCGGCCAGACCUGCAGGGCGCGCGCCGGCCAGGGGAGGGUCUCACCAACCCGCUGGUGGAGCUCCGCACGCAGCUGGGGCCGCUGACCGGGUUCCGGGUGAAGCUGUUCGACGAGCCGGGCCUGCGGCCGGAGGAGUGGCCGGCGCGGCUGCAGCCCGGCGUGCACAAGGAGAGGAGGACGGUGACUGCGUUCCUCGGCGUGCCGUACGCGCUGCCGCCCGUGCAGGAGGCGCGCUUUAAGCCACCGCGGGCCCGGCCGGGUUGGCAGCGCUGGCUGGCGCUGGACUACGGGCCGGCAUGCCCUCAGCCGGCCAGGUUUGUCGGGGCCGGACGUGGGGUGCGGGAGGUCGACGAGGACUGCCUCUACCUCAACGUCUUCACGCCUCAGGUGUCCAGCAACGUGAAGGAGCUGUACGCGGUCAUGGUGCACAUCCACGGCGGCGAGUUCUCCCACGGCUCCUCCAACCGCUUCCCAGGCCACAUGCUGGCCGCCUGGGGCCAGGUGGUGGUCGUGACCUUCAACUACCGCCUCGGGGCUCUAGGCUUUCUGAGCACUGGCGACGAGCACUCACCGGGAAACUACGGCCUACUGGAUCAGGCGAUGGCUCUGCGCUGGGUGUACGACAACGUGCACUACUUCAACGGCGACCGACGCCGCAUCACGGUGUUCGGCGACGACGCCGGAGCGGCCAGCGCCGGCCUGCUGGCCGUCUCCCCGCGCACGGCCCAUAUCGUGCACCAGGUCAUCGCCCAGAGCGGGUCCCCGCUGGCUGACUGGGCGGCCAUCUCGGACCUGGAGUGGGCCCGCAACACGUCCCGCGUGUUCGGCGAGAGGAUCGGCUGCCUGGCCGACACGUCCGCCAAGCUGGUCAACUGCCUCAGCCGCGGACGCAGCGCGCUGGAGAUCGGAGACGUCGAGUUCACGCCGGACGUGGGCGUGUUCCCGUGGGCGCCGGUGGUGCAGGCCAACAUCUCGCUGCCGCCGGACGGCUGGUACGAGGGCUGGACGGAGCGCGACUGGCGGGUGCUGCCUGAUCUACCGGCCGCGCUGUACCGGGCGCGGGCCUUCAGCGGCGACCUCCGGCUGCUGACCGGGGUCAACAGGGACGAGGCGGCUCCCUUCGUGUACGGAAACGCGAGCUUGGCCCCGGACUACGUCAUCACGCAGCGCUGGCUGGACACCAAGGUGCGGGAGUGGGCCGAACAACACAACUACACGCUGAACCUGAACGGCGUGACGACGGCCAUGCGGCAUCUGUACACGUACUGGCCCGACCCCAAGAACCAGACGUGGAUACGCCAGAUGUACAUCAACUUUGUCUCUGACGCGCUGUACACGGCUCCGGUGGACGCCAUGGUGAAGAUGGCCCUGGAGCUGGACGUGCCCACGUACCAGUACGUGCUCAACACCACGGUGGAGGCCCUGGAGGCGCCGCUGUGGCGGCAGGUCCCUCACGGCCUGCAGUACUACAUUGCUGACUGGCGCACCCUUCUUGGACCCCCGAGCUUCUGCCAGGAGACGUUCGACUGGACCGGAACGCCUGGACGGAGGGCGACAGAAACAUGA